AGGUCUUAAUAUAUGAUAUUUCAUAAGAAUGGAUGCUAGUAUUGAACUGGAGGACAGUCUGAUGGAACCAGUUUGUGAUGAUGAUGUUGUUUUCUUUGGUCCUGUUACGGAAAAAGAAAAAAAGAUUUGUGAACAACUCAAAGGGCAAAUGGAACCUUGCAUGAAAGCGCAAUUAAGGAACAAGUUAGAGCUUCAAGUUAACGAUUGCAAUAAUAGUGAUGAAUCAGUCUAUAAAAGUUUUUCAGUUGAAGAAAGCAAAUAUGAAAGUUUUAUUGACAGCAUUGAUGGUGAAGCACUUGAAAAUCAGAAUAACUUCUUGAGCAGUUUCCUGCCUGCAACAGCAGUGGAUAAUGCCAAGAAAUCUGUAAAUAUGCGACGAGGCAACACUUUAUAUGAUAGUUUAGAAGACAUAUGUUCUUUAGUUUCAAAUGCUGAAAAACUAAGCAUUUCUGAAGAAGUAGAAAAUAUUUAUGCACCAGGAAAGCAAUUUAUCAGUGAAGAUUCUGUUAAUCCUUGUAAGAUUGAAAAUAAGCAUAGUGAUGAGCAAAUACACUUUGACGAGGACUCCCUGGCUAUCCUUGAGUAUGAAAAAACUUUUGAUGACAGUCUGGAGGAAUUUGUAUUACCUGCUUGCAUUGAAGUGAGAUCAGUGUCAUGCUCUGAAGAAGAUGCAGAAAUUGCAAAUGUUAAAAUGGCUAAAAUAGCUGGUAAUCAUUUAGAUACUUCAGUUCAAAUUCUGACUGAAAGGUUAUCCUUUACAGAUUCAUUAGAAGAAAAGGAUAUUUUCCCACAAAAACAGUUCAAGUGCGAUUCUCCAUCUUCUUCAGAAGUGAAUGAUGUAAUGAAGGACAGCUUAGUGGAAAAUGACUCCUUAAUGUUAUCCAACACCAAAGUUUUAAGUGAAACUCCUGUUGGAUCUGUAAUUAAUGUUUGUGAUAAAACAACAAAAACUCCUUUCUUUGAACAAAACUUUUUGGAUGCAUCUAUCCAAGUAGUAUAUGAAAAGGUUGAAAACCCAAAACUUGUUUCAGAAAGAUAUGCUAAUGCUAAUCAUGAUUCCUUAUCCAGUUCAGAAUGUAAUGCUAUUUCUAAAGAUAGUCUUGAUGAGCAGUCUAAAAGUGAAAUUCCUUUUAGGGGUGAACCUUUGAGUAAUAAUUGUGAUAAAACAUCAAGAACAUCUUUUUUUGAUAAAAAUCUAUUAGAUGCAUCUAUUCAAGUUAUGUACGAAAAAGUUGAGAACCCAAAAUCUGUUUUAAGGGAAAACGGAAAUGCUAAUUGUGAUUCACUAUCAAGCUCAGACUGUAAUGCUGUUUCUAAAGAUAGUCUAGAUGAACUGCCAAAUAGCCAAAUUCCUCCCAAGGAAUCUAGUACCAAAGAAAAUGCUUUAAAUGUCCAGCCUAACGAAUUAUGUUCAGAUAUUGCUGAAUUGAUACAUGUUCCUUCUGUUGAUAAUAAUUUUGAUACAUCAGUACAAAUUCUAUAUGAAAAUAUUGAUGAAGGCUGCUGCAAUAAAAAUGAAAAUUCUAAUGUGCAUGCUAAAUCCAAAGGUGAUUCUUUUAUAGUGUGUAGUUCAUUAGCUAGCAAUAGGUUUGAAGACCAUGAAAUGGUUUCAAAUGUAAAAGAAAUAAAUAAGACUUACGUUAAAGGUAUCAAAAAUCACAAGGUACUUCAGAAAAGAACUGCACAGUCUCAAGUGGUUAAAAAAGGAACACCUAAGCAGGGAAACUCUACAAAAUCUUCAUUGAAUGAUAGAAUUCAUGACAAAUGCCCAAGUGAAGAAAAUAAACUUAUUGAAGUAACGGAAAAAAGCUUUUGUUCUUUAGAAGUGCAUGAAAAGAGUUAUUCUGUGUUAAGUGAUAUUAAUUCAGAAAAUGUUGCACCAUCCGUAUUAGUGAAUUCAAGGAAAAAUCAGUGCAGUGAUUUAAAUUUAAAACUACACAUAGAAUUGACAGUUGCUGAUGGCAUGAAGCAAAUUGAUUCUAAAAACAUUGAAAUAUGUUCAAGCAUUGGAUGUGAUGGAGAAAACAAAGUUGAUGUUUGUGUGAAGUCUGAUAAAGAUGUAACAAGUAAAAUAGAAACUUUAAAAUCUGAUAAAGCUAUAGAACACAGCUCUUACAAACAAGACUUUUCUCAAAUUCGUCAGAAGGUCUUAGAUAAAGUCAGUUCAAAACCCUCUGCUACAAAAUGCUCUUCUAAUAUUCUGGCUAAACAUAGUGACAUUGAUAGGUUGUAUUCAAAGAUGGACAUUGGCAGUUUUAAUGAACCUAAUGUGAAGAAGGAAAAUCUUCUUCAGGCUCUUGAUUUACAUGAUACAUCUAUAAGUUAUAAGUCUAAUUCCAUCUUAGAAUCUAGAGAUUCCCUAAUGCCACUAAACUUGUGUCUGAAAGAUACAUCUUUUAACCAUAAACCCGUUUCAUUUUCUAGAAGCGAAAGCAAAGAAAAUAUUCCUGAAAUAUUUCUAAAAAUGCCAAACAAACCCUGUGCAAAACAAUGUAAGAAUUCUCCUGGUCAAAAUAAUCCUUGGAAAACUCCAAAGCAGCCUAAUACGUGUUUUUAUAAUUCACCAAAAUCUGAACAAAAGGAAUUGAAAGGAAAUAUUUUUCAGAAAAGCUCUGCCACAAAAAUUCCAAUUAGAAAAGAUAAUGUUCGGGCUUUUGUUACUCCCAAAUCUGCUGAAAUAAAGUCCGAAUCUUCAAAGGUAUAUGAAAAAUUGAAAAGUCCCCUUUCUGCAAAGUUGGUUUCUCGCACUGCAACUGUACCUGAUGCAACUCCCAAAAAAAUCCCCCAUUUUUGUACAUUGCCCUCAUCUAUUUCCAAAGUUCCAACCAAGUCUGCUGCUCAGCUGUCAUCUGCAAAAAAAUACCAGUACAUUCAAAGUCCCGUUGGCCAGUAUAUGAGAACACCGCAUACUCCUGCUAUGAAAUUUGCAACUCCUGUUACUAAACCUUUGCAAUGUAUGACUAAUGUUAUUGGUGGUAACCAAGGUAAGGAAACUGGUACCCACGUCACUUUACGGAAAACAACUCCUCAAAAAACGAGCAAAAAAUGAGUGAUCUAGUCGAAUCUUUUUUAAGUUCUUAAACAAUGUUGGAUUCAUUCCGCAGCUGAAAUAUUUGCAUCCAGUUGAAAAUUUUACUAUUCACCCCAAACGUUUUGGUCAUGUAUAGUUAUGUUUGUUAGAAGUAUUUUUAUGUUGUGAUAAAAAUUAUUUUAUUAUUUUUAAUUUGAUUUAUUAUUAAAUGUUUGGAAUUGACAACUAUGCAAUUAUUUUCUUAAACUGCAUCUUGGUCUUUUGUUAUUAAACUUGGUUAACGUACUAUGCAUAAUCUUAUAAUAUGCUGAAAAUAUUUGACUUUCACUUUUGUGAUUAAUGGUUGUUGUAAAAGAGACAUAUAUUUAUAGUGUAUUAUAAAUAUUUAAAGCAAAACCGGUCCAUUGUUCUCUUGAUUAAAAAUUGUAUUACAUGAAUGUGAUGUAAAAAAAUGUGUUACAUUUUAUUGAAUAAAAUGUUAAAAUUUGCAAA